AUGACCAUUACUACGCGACCUUCUCUAUAUCAACCACGAACUCAUUCAAGCAGUAGUCGAAAUGCUACAACACUAUCAUUAACUACAUUAAUAAUUCAAACAAUCAUAGAGCCAAGUGAUAUAUACGAUCCAAGUAUCACCAAACCGUUUGCUGUUGUUUGUUUAUUCGUUGGAUCCGUCGGCAAUUCAUUAUCAUUCAUCGUUUUUACACAGAAACAAUUACGGCGCUAUUCCACCUUUCGUUAUCUCGCUUACUUAGCCAUCAUCGACCUCAUUGUAUUGUAUUUAGGUUUGGGAAAUAUCAUCUUACGUGAUUAUUUUCUAUUUGACAUCCGAGUACAAAGUUUAUUUUUGUGUAAAUUUCAUACAUUUUUAACAUAUGUUUCAACACAAUUAUCGUCAUGGAUAUUGACUAUUGUAUCAAUCGAUCGGGCUAUAGCCUGCACGGUGAUACGUUUGAAUAGACGUAUUUGUCGGGCGAGAUCGGCUGAUCGAAUCUUCUUAGCGAUGUGCAUCGUAGUCUCAUUGAUUAACAGUCAUAUUUUGCUUUUUAUGGGCUCCCAACGCUCCCAACCGUCUCUUUCAAUGAAUAAUCAAACGACAUUCAACGAACAUGUCAUCGUUUGUACCCACAAUACAUCGAGUACAUAUUUUAAAUUUUUCGAGAAACCUUAUAACAUUAUCGAUCUUCUCUCUUAUGUACUCAUUCCAUUUAUUAUCAUGACAGUUUGUGCAAGUAUAAUCGCGUAUCGUCUCUUUUUUUCAUUUGGUCAUACCACCAUACACAUUGCGAUCAAAGGCAAAACGCGGAAGGGGACACGACGUGCUAAGCAAAUCUCGUAUAUGUUAUUAAUAUUAAACCUCGUCUUUGUUAUUCUUUUAACACCGGUAGUUCUGGGUCAAAUUUUUCAAGAACUCAACCAAGAGCAUCGAUACCGUCUGUAUAAUUCCAUUACAUUAUUAAUGUCCUAUUCAAAUCAUGCGCUGAACUUUGUUUUGUAUGGAAUUGCGUCCCCACAAUUUCGUUUGACUCUGAGACAACUGUUGGGCUUUGGUACGAACGAUUUGAGUCCAAGACGUUUGCACACAUUUGGUUAUUAUACUUCAACAGGUUUAUGA